AUGACUAAGCCUAAACUUGACUGUUGUGAGCAGCGAUGGGUGUCAAAAUUAGCCAGUUACAAUUUUGACAUCAAAUAUGUGCCAGGCCCACGAAACAUUGUUGCUGACGCUCUCAGCCGUGUCCCUUUUUGCAAAAGUGUCGGUCACAGACUGGUCAGUGAACCACUUCAUGAACUCGCCAGAGAAGCCGCUGUUGUGUCUGACACAGCCGUUCAACAGACCUUCAGAGAAUCCACCAACCAGUCUGUAAUGGCGGAGAAGCUAACAUGUCUUUUAGCCACAAAUGCCCAGUCCCUUCACACAUCAGCUCAGUCAUUGUCCACGCAGGAAGUCGCUGCUGUUAUCCAGUCACACACUGAAUGGGCCUCUGGUGCUAGGACUCGUGCGACGGCCCUUGUGGGUCAUCUACCCCAGCUCAUUCCUGACAGUUUGUCCAGCCUGCCUGUCUUCUCGGUUGAAGAUUUAAGAGAUGCUCAGUCUAAGGAUAAGACCUUGUCUCGUAUACAUUUUUAUGUGGAGAGGUCUCGGAGACCAUCCAGACGUGAAAGGGCACAAGAGGAGGGUCAAGUUCUGAGGUUGUUGAAACACUGGGGAAAGUUUGUUCUGAGUGAUGAUGUCUUAUACAGAGUGUCACAUGAUCAGAUUUCAAAGACAAGACGCCAUCAGUUUGUUGUCCCUGAUUGCCUGAAGACUAAAGUCUUGAAAGGAGUCCAUGACAGUGCGGGUCAUCAGGGUCAGUCAAGGACCCUGAGCAUUGCCAGACAGAGAUUCUUUUGGCUGCACAUGGACAGGGAUGUGAGGGAGUACGUUUGUCACUGUCAGCGUUGUAUAGUGAGUAAGGUGGCCGAGCCUGCAGGAAGAGCUCCUCUCGAAAGUAUUGUCACUUCCCGCCCACUGCAACUUGUUUGCAUUGAUUUCUGGUCAGCUGAAGAUUCGCACAACAAAUCUGUGGAUGUUUUAGUAAUGACCGAUCAUUUUACCAGACUGGCUCAGGCCUUUGCCUGCAGGGAUCAAUCAGCCAAACAAGUAGCAAAAGUUAUCUGGGAGAAGUAUUUCUGUGUCUAUGGAUUCCCUGAGAGGAUUCACAGUGACCAGGGUGCAAACUUUGAAAGCGAGUUGAUCGCUGAACUUCUACGCUUAUCUGGUGUGCGAAAGUCCCAUACUACUCCAUACCAUCCGAUGGGGAAUGGCAGUGUUGAACGUUUUAAUCGAACACUGGGCAAUAUGAUCAGAGCUCUUCCCCUGGAAUCUAAGCUAGACUGGCCCAGACGCUUGCAAACUCUCACUUUCAUGUACAAUUGCACUACCCAUGAAACGACAGGAUAUGCACCUUUUUACCUAAUGUUUGGAAGGGUACCCCGUCUGCCGGUAAAUAUCCUGUUUGGGAACAUUUUGACUGACCCUGAUGUGACGGACUUUGGCAGAUAUGUUGCAAAGCUGUCUGAGGACCUUAAGGAAGCCAUGUUAAUUGCUCAAGAGCAUGUGACAAAGGAACAGAACAGACAGGCGAGACUCUAUAACAGGAAAGUGAAAGGUCCAAUGAUCGAAAUUGGAGAUCGAGUUCUUGUGGCUAACAAGAAAGAGAGGGGAAAGAGAAAAGUUGCAGACCGAUGGGAGUCGAUUGUUUACACUGUAACUGAGAUUAAUCCCCAGACGCACACAUAUAAGAUACAGGAUACUGUCACAGGACGUGAACGGAUUGUCCAUCGCAAUCUACUCAUGCUGGUGAACUUUCUUCCUGUUCAAGAUAUCCCGCAAUCUUCUCGGUCUAGUAUUUCAAUGUCCUCUGUCCCAUCUUCUGUCUCUGUCCAUUCCAUGGCUUCGGGUCAGGCUACAUCCGACCACACUCAGGUUCAAGUGUUUUGUAAGCCGGAUGGGUCUCAAUCUGCAGUUGAUGAUGUGCACAGUUUUGUGAGCAUCCAGGGACUUGAAAAUUACUCGGAUAUCAUACCUGCAUCUGGGGUGAGGACCAGGGAAUGGGUCAGUCACCUGAACACCCCGAGUCAACAGCCUCCUGAAGGGAGUGCCCGGGAGUCAUUUGCUGACCUGACUGACGACGUGUUGACUGACCAGGUCCAAGACUCAUACUCUGAUGAUGCUGUUGCUAAGGCUGACGCCUCGACUGUUAGUGACGAUCACACCGUUUUGUCAGUGGUUACUUCUGUUUCUGUAAGUGAUGCUGCACACACUGUACUGCCUGAGUCUGCACCACAUCGCACUACGCGUCUGGCUAGACAAGAUGUCACUGGACGAUGGCAGACUGUUCGGACUGUAUGCAGCUCUGUAGUUCAAGCUCUUAGGGCUUAAGUUUCU